AUGUCCCCUGUGUUGCAGUCGAUCGACGCCACCAACACAGGCGAAGAGCAGCGGAUUGUAACACUGGGCUGUUCUCGACCUCUGAGGAGGAUUGAAUCCCAGCCCCCCAACUCGUCUGGAUUCAAAAUGUUGUGUUGGCUUUCCUCUCUGAUUGCCACGGGGCUCACAUUAUUCCCGACACCGACGAGGGCGCUGGCUUACGACACGAUUUUGACACGAGAAGCUACGACCAAUGCGACGUGCUUGCCGGAAUUCAUUUGGGCGAACAACGCCAGGGGGAAAUCACCAUGUAGGAUGGCGGCGGAGGUGAUAGCGCCCUGUCAUGGUGGAAGAUGGUUUAUUCCAUCGCUGCCACCUGGGGGAGAACGGUUCUAUCGUUAUGACCAGCCCAAAGGUGAUGAGGCUAAUACUUGUUCAUGUUCCUGGGCGGCAUACAAUCUCAUCAGCGCUUGUACCGCUUGUCAAGGGUCCCCGCAAUCCGUCAGAUUGUGGUCGGAUUACAAGCUCUUUUGUCCAUCUCAGGCCCUGAAUAAUGACCGUAUUCUCUCGGCUUUAGGAAAGGCAGACGUCGCCCUUGCUCAAGAGAACAGAAAGGCCAAUCAGAGGCCUAUAGGAAUUAUCGUUGGUGGCGUUAUUGGAGGACUACUUGUCUUGAUUGCUGGAAUCGUCCUCGCGUUCCUUCUUCUCAGGAACCACCGCAAGAAAAUAGCCAAAGCCCAAGGCAUUAUUCCACACAGAAUAUACGACGGGAAUCGCAAGCUUCCUUGGAACAAGGGACUUUGGAGCUACAGCAAUCUCACAUCAACGACCGACCUGAAUGCCAGCCAUCUUGGAAACCAGGAAGUUGACGCUCCGGAGACGAUCCUUUUAGCGCCUGGCAGGCCGCAGUAUCCGAACCGCUCUCCGGCAUUUGAUCAAGGUCGAUUUGUGCUCACUGGCACACCUUCUCGUGGAACUUCACCUCCACGAACCAGUCUUUACGAUCCUCACGAGAAUGAUGCACGAUCUAUCAGAAUGUAA